UGACUGAGGAACACAUUUUCAUCCAAACCUCUCCGUUUUUUCCAGAGCCUAUCUGUGCUCCGCGGCUCAGCGCAGCUCCCCAUUGUUUAAACUGGGAGGACAAAAUAAAACCACUCCGCUUGUUCUUAUAAUCGCAGCCUGUGAGUCAUUUUUUUGGGGGGUAUCUGAUGCUCGAUUCUCGCCGCUCUGAAUGCUGUAUUCAUUGUCAACUUCUGCCGAUUUCUCCACUUAGACUUGAGCUGCAUCAUGAAUAGUUUGGGGGCACCUUUCAAUCGCAUACCUCUGGAAUGGUGGGGAUUACACAGCCGACACCCGGAGAGCAUGUAAACGCAAAUGGAGUUUGGGAUUUAUUGCAAAAUAAGGGAAAGAUGACCGUCUUCUCGUUGUGCUUGCUCUUGUGCGCGGAUCUACUGGAUUUAGCCGUCGGAUAUUUGACAGUUACCAUAGAGCCCCUGCCUCCUGUUGUCGUGGGAGAGACUGUUACUCUCAAGUGUAACUUCAAAACUGACGGAAGGCUUCGAGAGAUUGUUUGGUACAGGGUCACAGAUGGAGGGACCAUCAAGCAGAAAAUCUUCACCUACGAUGCUAUGUUUAAUACCAAUUACUCUCACAUGGAGGACUACCGCAGGCGUGAAGACCUCGUGUACCAAUCAACCGUCCGACUCCCGGAGGUACGGAUCUCAGACAACGGGCCUUACGAAUGCCAUGUCGGCAUCUACGACCGGGCAACAAGGGAGAAGGUUGUCCUGGCUUCAGGGAAUGUUUUUCUUACUGUUAUGUCGCCUCCAAACAACAUAUCAGUGGUGGCAGAGAACACUCCAGCCCCAUUCAGUCGAUACCAAGCCCAGAAUUUCACUCUCGUCUGCACUGCAAAAGGAGGGAAACCAGCCCCAUCGGUGUACUUCAAGCGUGAUGGGGAGCUAAUCGAGGUGAUCUCCUACACUCAAUCCUCCAGCGAGCAGGGAGGCGGCGCAGCGGGGGUGAGAGGAGCCAGGCCGCUUAUCAGCAGGGACCUGGAUGACACUAAACUGCAGCGUUCCCUCUCCCUCCUGGACCCCGAAGGGCGGGCCCCACGUCUGUACACAGAGAGCCCCCAGCGUGUCCACACUCAGGGCCAGCAGGCCUACGAGCCCAGCCCCGCUACGGAGGUCAUCCCCGAGACGGUGGUGAGUCGGGAAUUCCCCCGCUGGGUGCACAGCACAGACCCUCUCUACUACUUCAGCCACACUCACAUCCCCCAGAGUGACGGCUCAGUGGUGGUGCAGGCCCGGCUCACCUGGACCCUCAACCCUCAGCUGGAUAACGACGCCCUGUUCAGCUGCGAAGUCAAGCACCCGGCGCUGUCCAUGCCAAUGCAGACAGAGGUCACUCUAGCUGCUCCUAAGGGUCCUAAACUCUUCAUGUCCCCCACCAGAGCAAAGGUAGGGGAUACGGUGCGCAUCACUGUGCAAGGAUUCCAGGUAGGAUCGCCCGGGAAUGAGGUGUUCCCCGAGCCCCUCUUCACCUGGACGCGAGUGGGGGGCCGCCUGCUGGAUGGCAGUACUGAGCGAGAGGGGAAGGAGCUGAUUCUGGAGAGAGUGCCAGCCGAGCUCAACGGCUCAAUGUAUCGCUGCACGGCCCAGAAUCCUCUGGGCUCCACGGAUACGCACACUCGCCUCAUAGUCUUUGAAAAUCCAAGCAUGAUGAAAAACACACAGAAUCAGAACAAUGGAGCCUCCCGUGUGGACGUGCUCGGACUAACGUGGAUGGCACUUGUCCUCACAGUGACAGUGGAACUGACGUGAAACCUCUCAUCCGAGACACUCUCACGCACACACAUAUACACACACACGCACACACAUAUACUUGCCCUUCUCACACGACAUCCACACGUGCACACACGCACACAUGCAGACACACUUUCCACAGACCCUGCAAGCCUUCUCCAGUCAUCAACAGGCCCUCCAUGCGUCAGUCGAUCAGGAAACA